AUGGCUCCCAUUGUGUCCCCAAGACAUCUGUUCCUCCGCAAGGCACGGCAGCAUCUGGGUCUGGAGUCAGAAACUAAGCAUUUCCUUCAAGAUGACAAUGAUGAUGAUCCCGUCGUCGACGCGGGAGAUAUGCAUCUCAAUUCUUUCUACGCGCCCGCUCUGACCGCAGACCAGCCAUACGAGAUUGCAGUGACGCAGGGGAUCACCAUCCCCGAUGUUCCGCCAGGGACGACGAAGCCAACACUGCAAAACAAGACACCACAGCAAUUCUCCAUCUUUGCACCCCAGUUCAAGUUGGAACAGGGUGAUAUCCAUUCAUUCUAUCCCCCAAACGCGCAUUCCGACCUGCCGAAUGUGCUACCGCACAUUGUCUUUUCCGACCCUCAUCUCCCAUGGGAGAGAGGCUCGAAGUACAAUGCAGAUUUGCACGGGCGUAAUCGCAUUCCAUGGCUAGCAUUGCUCGUGUUUGACGGCAAUAAUGAGUUGAAACUGACUCCAACGCAACGGGGACCGGGAGGGAUAUUCCCCCCGGACAUGAGUGUCAAUGGCCAGCCCGUGGUCCAGGAUGGAUCGAGCUACGCCGUGUCCAUGACUUGGGAUCAGCUGAACAGAAUGGACGCUUCUGUUCCCCGCCAGAUCUCCGUCAAGGACAAUGAUAAGCCAGCAGAUAUCAAGACGCCCUUGACUGUUAUCUUCCCGACUGCAGAUCUGUUCACGGGUCUUUUUGCAGCAUACGACCAGCCUGCAGCUCCUGGAGGGCAGCCCACGAUCCAGCCACAGCCAACUCUGAAGCGGUAUCAGUAUCUUGCUCACUAUCGAAAUAUCAAUACAUCGGGAAUGGCUGGUGCCGGUGUUCAAGACACCGGUCUUUUUAGUAUCGUCACGUCGCAUCGAACUGGACCGCUGGAUCUCAAAGUCCCUCGCAAUAUGGUCGUCCACUUGGUGACCAUCGACGGUAUCCCGGAAAACGUGAAAUUCCCGCUGUCGCCGGACACCAAGGUUGGCGCCCUGAUCUCACUUUAUUCCUGGAAUUAUCGUUGCCUGCCUAUGUCGUCCAUCAGCUUCCCAGAUACUAUGAGAGCAAUCUGUGGGCAGUCGCGGAAGAUGCUGCAGCCACCGAGUUCCAUCCUGCAACAAGUGGCCUCGUGGAAUGCGCCCUCACCGUUGUACGCCCAACUGAUCGGUCAGCGGUUGAAGCUGGGCUACACGCUGGUUCGUUAUCGCGUGCAGACCGGUGAAGAAACUGUCGCUUUCACGCGGGGCCCUCUCGUCCCAGUACCUGUGGACAGGAAAUCCUUUCCUGUUACCACCAAUGGCGGCCAGUGGCCUCCACAGUCGAAUUCGGGUGCAGACUAUCAGAUCCUGGACCCUCAGUUAGGCAUUAUGGACAUCACCUACAGCUCAGCGUGGCAGCUCGGACGCACCCUAGCUCUGGCGGACUCUGCAUUUACUACGGCACUGACCCGAUAUCGGUAUGCUGCAUUUACUGCAGCACUGGCGAGGGCAAAGGAGCGGAUUUUAUUGGGACUCGGAAAGUGGAGGACGAAGAAGAGCAUGCUGGUGACGCUUCCGGCGACAAUCAACCAUCUUUCUAGCCUUCACAAAAAGGCCUUGCGUGACCCGAGUGGCGAUCUAUCCGAGAUAGAGUACAGAAAGCGAUGGGACCGAGAGCCAGUUGCAGAGUUGCCGGAUCUGUCCUUGGAGAGCGCGGAAGUUCAAACUGCCUUUAAGAAGGAGCUGGACCCGGUUAUGGAGAAGCUGGCUUCUGGGCGCGCUUUGAAUGUCAGUGAAGGAUCCGAUGGAGAGAAUCCAGAGCCAGCACCAUACAAUGAGUUCAAUGCGCCAUACCACGCCGAUUGGCCCAUCAUUCAAGCUUGGCUGCUAGAUAAGAUGUUGCUAUCGGGCAUCCCAGCGCACUACCUCAUUACGGACCCAUCGCAUCUCCCUACCGAGUCAAUCCGCUUCUUCUAUAUCGAUCCUGUGUGGGUUGACUGUCUUCUGGACGGUGCACUUAGUGUUGCCAAUCAUCUGUCACGGAAAGAUGAUCUGAUCCGACAGAAGAUCAAAGAUCGGCUUAACACCUAUCUCAAGACACCAUUGGACCCCAGCGCCGCACACAAAAUAUACCCUCCAGUUGCCAGCACCGGGUUCUUCUUGCGCAGUUCCAUUGUCGAGGCGAUGCCCGAUCUGCAGGUAUCUUGUCCAUUUGUCGAUCCGGACGACAAGAAACAUAGAGCGGAAUUGUUGCGCCAUGAUAUGUUAGAUAAGGGGGUCAUGCUGGUUCUUCUGGACCGAGACUUCGAUGAUCCCAACCUGGGCGAGCUCACUUUUGCACAGCCCCCUCACCAGCAGUACUUUAGCUGCGGGGAUGAGCUCACGGGCGAUGCCGUCGAAUUCCAAUUCAAGAAGAUACUGAAUCUCUCCACUCCGACUUCCAAAGUUGAUCCUAAAGAUCCCCGAUGGGGUGGCCCGCUUUGUGCUGCGAUGACCUGGAACCGAAAUGGCCAGGGCGAUCCUCCAGGAGGACCUGUCUAUGACUGGAAAACAAAUCUCAUCCAGGUAGAGAACUUGGCCGGUACGAUCACGAACUUGCUGGAUGAAUACAUGGAAGGGCAACCCGGGUGGCAGAAGGACGAUGUGCCGAGUAGUGCCGUGUUAGCAUUUCAACUCAAUGCGCCCAAUUUCUAUGCCACCAUGGCCAACGGAAACAAGCCCAUGCCCGAACCGAGUGGAUCGUUGCAGGGACAGAACCUGGCAUUCAGACAGAUAUACUUGGGCUCGGAGCAAGAUCUCGCACUGGAGCAGUCUCUUGAGGGAUACAGCAGGUAUCCCACACCAGCUACUGCCUUAACCAUACCAUCUCGCCCUGUCUUUCGUCGCCAGGUUGAGAAGACUGCUCCUCCACCACAAGAUCCUGCUCCUCACAGAUCCACACCACGCCCAAUACGUUCCCAUUAUCUUCCUCCCGACGGUUUUAACCCCUUUGUAUUCCCCUCUGGUUUCCCACCGCGUGAUAGGUUCCCUAAGGCGCGCCUUGCAUCCGCUCCCUCAGAUUUCUGCGAUCAAGGCACCAUGGCCACCAGCCACCGAUACGAAUUUUGGAUGUACCCAUCAUAUCUUCUGGCCCAGCAGACCCAAACCGGAGUAAUCCCCAAAGACGCCAUCGUGCCAACCAACGCGAACAAAAACAUAGAUCUGAUCUCCUCUAUCAACCUGAUCAACACCACUCCACCCGCCGACGGCUCCAAGCUCUAUCUCCGAGACAUCGAGGUCCUCAUACCCGUCUCCCCACACUAUACUUCUGCCCAAUCCGCCUUCAGUCCUCAGCAGACAGCAACGUCCUCCACUGGACCAGCCGUGAUGACCUCGUCCAGCUAUCCCGGGAAGCCGACUAUGUUAUCCAAUGCCAGAUGGGUGGUCAAAGCAUCCACUAUGGCCGGGGAGAAUGUCGCCUCGCAUCUGAAGCAUAAGGAGACUGUCGCGGAGAAUUACCUCGUUUGUAGACUCAUCCCACGCAGUAAUUAUGAGAUGGUUCCCUUCGCGACAAAUAGGACUUGUAGCUUUAUUUUGCCGGAGAUGCAGAUUGACACUGCAGAGGGUGAUGUGGUGGUGACGUUCCGGGAGUGCUACUGGCAGUACCCGCCUUCGGGCGGGUACAGAGUGGCAAAGUUCUAUUCUUACACGAGGACAGUGAAGAAGAGGUCCCAUAAGGCCUAG